CAAAAAGCCCCGCACUGGACUGCAACAUAGUCAAAGAGUGAAAGGGAAGAGGGCGAAAGUACCACUGGAGAUAAUUGAUUACCUACCAAUCAAUGAUAACUUGUUAGUAAUCGUCAACUCUCUGGACCUCGCCAUUUUCAGGGAGGCAUCUCACUCCUGCGGACUUGCUGCUCCCGAGGAUCGACACUUUGAAGACAUCCUGUUUUGGAUUAAGAUUUUCUUUUCUCCCUUCUCUCCUCAGUAGCUUUGUGUUUUUGUUAACCCCCUAACUGUUAUGUGACUUUCCUCCCCUCGUUUCUACGCGCUGAAUUUUUCAACGAAGUCCUGUAUAAACUGCGUACAACCAAUGAUGACAUCCAAAGAAGUGGCCAAAUGUGAUGCAGUGGAAAACAGGAGGCGAAGUCCGCUGGACCAAUUGCCGCCUCCUGCCAACUCCAACAAGCCGCUGACCCCCUUCAGCAUCGAGGACAUCCUGAACAAACCGUCAGUGAAACGAAGUUACACGAUUUGCGGCACUGCUCAUCUAAUUUCAUCUUCUGAGAAGCACCGUCCGUCCAGCAUCCCUUUAUCCAGCCGGGCUCUCCUCACCCAGACCUCCCCGCUCUGCGCGCUGGAGGAACUGGCAAGCAAGACCUUCAAGGGACUGGAAGUUAGCGUUUUACAGGCUGCGGAAGGCCGGGACGGGAUGACUCUAUUCGGCCAGAGAACCACCCCGAAGAAGCGUCGGAAGUCUCGGACGGCGUUCACCAAUCACCAAAUCUACGAGCUGGAGAAGCGCUUCCUGUACCAGAAGUACCUGUCCCCCGCUGACCGGGACCAGAUCGCGCAGCAGUUGGGCCUGACAAACGCGCAGGUCAUCACGUGGUUUCAGAACCGGAGGGCCAAGCUAAAACGGGACCUGGAGGAGAUGAAGGCCGACGUAGAGUCGGCCAAGGCCAUCGGCCAGGUCCCCUUGGACAAGCUCGCCAAGCUGGCGGACCUGGAGAAAUGCGCCAACGGCACGCUGGGCCACCCACGAGCCGAGUCCCCCGCGCGGGGCGGCCAGCAGGAGCAUGAGCUCGCUCAGAAACUGCGGACGUCGCCGCUGUCUCCCUUCUCAGACCAAACAACUAGUAAAGAGUGCUCCGAGGACGAGGACGUGGAGAUUGAUGUGGAUGACUGAUGGCGCAGCGUGGGACUGAGAGGUCGAGAAACACAAAAGACGCUGAAAAAAUCCUUGUAACUUACUGCUUAUAUUGUAUACCAUAUCUCAGAACAUGUACCAAAAUGUAAUGACUUUUAUAUCGGCACAGAUAGACCUAUUCAUAGUGACGCAUGAACACAGAGCAAGAAAUAUGCAGUGGUAUUUUACAAUGUAUUCAUUAGCUAACUGUUCCUACUUGCAAUCAAAGCAAUAUGGUCUGAAAUGACACGAGUAACUUAUUAUUUUUUUACACUACAGGCCGACACACACGCAGACACACCCUCACACGCAAAUAGCCUACACUACACUUCACACACCUGUGCCAUAAGGCCUGUCCUCACACACCACAAUGAAAGUGCUCCAGUUCCCCAUAUUUUUGCAUGUAAAUGCAUGAUUUGAUUUGUGAUCAUAAUCUAUUUAUUUUUGCUUAUUUUUCUUUUUUUUUUUUAUUUAAAUGGUUUUGUGUUUUCUGUGAGCCAAAUCGCCAUAGAAUCAUCUCGUUACUGCCGGACCUCCUCCUCCUCCCUCGUCAUCAUCUGACUGUAACCCUUGACUUCAGUUCAUAUUUGGCGUCCCGAUGCUGCAGUGCAGGACGAUGUUGGUCGGAAAGGCAAACUCGGACAUCCAUGCGUUUGUUUGGGAAUGCUGG